AUAAGCGGCAAAAUUAGUAAAUAAGACAAAAUUCAGACACGAAGAUUAUGAAGUUUUCACAAUAGAAUUGAUAAAAGAGAAAUAGAUCACCAAGAUGGGUAUUCAGGGUCUAUUACCAUUUUUAAAGAAGAUCCACAAGUCAGUGAAUAUCUCACAGUUUAAAGGAUGUACAGUAGCUAUAGAUGCCUAUUGUUGGUUACAUAGAGGAGCUUUUGCCUGUGCUGAUAAAUUAGCUCUGGGUGAAAAAACAGACAUGUAUGUGUAUUAUUGUAUGAAGUACGUUGAUUACAUGUUAAAAUGUGGUAUAAAACCUAUAUUAGUCUUCGAUGGAUGUCAUUUACCCUCAAAAAAAGAAGUAGAAAAAUCGAGAAGAGAGCGUAGAGAUUUAAAUCGUAAGAAAGCUGCCGAAUUUUUACGAGAAGGGAGAAGAGCUGAAGCGAGAGAUUGUUUACAGAAAUGUAUAGAUAUUACACCACAAAUGGCACUAGAACUAAUGAAUGUGUGUAGAGAUAGAGGUGUUGAUUGUAUUGUAGCGCCGUAUGAAGCCGAUGCCCAGUUAGCGUAUUUAAAUAAAUCUGGUAUAGCUCAAGUUAUAAUCACAGAAGAUUCUGAUUUACUUUUGUUCGGAUGUAAACAAGUGAUGUUUAAGAUGGAUUUCCAUGGUAACGGUAUAUUAAUAGAACAGAAUGAUAUAAAUCAAGUAAUAGAGAUACAGCAGGGGUUUUAUACGUUUGAUAAAUUUCGUCACCUGUGUAUUUUAUCAGGCUGUGAUUACCUGGCCUCGUUACCUGGUAUAGGUCUAGCUACGGCUUGUAAAGUAUUUAAAAAGACACGUCUCACAGAUAUAAGAAUAUUAUUGAAGAAAUUAUCCAGUUAUUUAAAGAAGAAUGUUGUGGUAUCAAGUGAAUAUAUCGAGAACUUUAUUAAAGCAGAAAAUACGUUUUUAUAUCAACUAUGUUAUGAUCCAAUAAAACGUCAAGUAGUACCCCUCAAUGAUUACCCACCAGAAAUUGUUAAAGAAGAACUCAAAUAUGCUGGAUCUUAUGUAUCACCAGAUAAAGCUUUACAGAUAUCACUGGGUAAUGUUGAUAUUUACAGUGGGGAAUAUAUUAGUCACUAUGAUCCAGACACAUUUCAGCCUAAAUAUAUGAAGAAGAAAGCUGAAUCCCUGCAUAUGUUGAGUAUCUGGGAUCGUAAUUAUAGAGUUAGAUCUAAUAUAGGAUUAAAAGAAGUACAAUUACCUGAUAAAACACCUGUAGUUGGAAAAGAAAAAAUUGUUCAUCUACCCAAGAAAUUUCCUGUUAAAAGACAAAGACCAGAUGAUACAUGUAAUCUACCAGGUAAUGAUGAAUUAUCUGAUAUAUACGAGGAAUCUCCCGCUAAACGAUUACGUACAGACGAGGUUUCAACACAAGAUGAGUCGGACCAAUCAGAAACAGAGGAAUUUGAAUUUAAUAAUUCAAAGAAACUAAAAGUUUGCAUCCAAUCACCAGUGAAGAAAAUAACAGCUGCUGAUUUGUGUGAUAUAUCUAUGGAAGAAGAAGACGAGUUUAUGCAGAAAGAAAAUAAAAACACAAAACGUUCACCACAUAGAAAUAAAUUUGCUGUCUUCUCGGCUAAAAAAGAAAAGUUUGAUUUGAAUGAAAAAAGAAAUAAUGUGAUAGUAAAGAGCAGAUUUUUUGCAAAUGGAAAACAAGAAUGUCAGGAGACGAACAUCAAAGAAAUAAAAACAGAAAAGAUAGACGAGAACACUGAAGACAAAUCUCAGCCUAAGCUUCCUGAUUUACCCAAAAUACCUGAUUUACCCAAAAUACCUGAUUUACCCAAAAUACCUGAUUUGCCCAACUUAUUCUCCUCCGAUAAACAAAACCAGUCGACAUCUCAGGGUAUAAAAUACAAACAAAACUUAAAGAAAAAAUCACCAAAAACAAAAGAACUGAAAAAGUCAUCUUCCCUCUCGUCUGCAUUUAGUUGGUCAAAAUUCAAAUUUUCUAAAAGUUCAAGUUCGGAAAAUUUGACUUCUGCUCCGUCAGUUAAUAAGGCAUUUCAAUCAGUUAUUAAAAAGGAAAAAGAAGAUGGAAAUUGUUCAAAUGUCGGCCGUUUUUCAGACAAUGAGCAAGAAAAAUCAGACUCUGAAAAAAACAACUUGCCCUUGAACUCUCAAACCAGUUUGUGUUCUUUGAUAAGUCUGGACUCGGCAAGCCAGAAUUGUGAUAUGCCCAUGUCAAGUUUGGACUCGGACUGUUUACCUACUACACAAGAAGUAGAAGAAAUUAAACAAGAAUGUGAUACCGAAACCAGUUUACCUCAAACCAAUUCUAGUUGUACGGAAAAUGACUCCAUGGAUACUAAUUCCAAUUUUAAAAAGGCCACUUUUUUUCUAACUGAUUCUGGUUGUUCUGAAACUGAUUCCAGUUUGAAAAGAACUGAAUCUAAUUGUAGUAUAAAUAGUGUUAAUAGAAAUGAAACUGGUUCCAGUGAGAGGAAUGUCGUACGAUCAAGUUAUUUCUCGUCUACUAGUGAUAUUGAUAGUCCCAUUGUAAUAGAUGACAAUAGUAACGAUACAAUAAUAGUAAAAAAGGAAGCACCUGUUGUAAAGCCUAUUACAGCAAAGAAAGCAUGUAGAGUGUCUGGAUUGUCCAAGUCUAGUCGCAAGAAGUCUGGAACAUCAGGUAAAGUUAUGGAUGUCAGUCAAACCAAGAUAAAGGAUCUUUUCUCCAGAUUUGGAAGGAAAAAAACAGAUAAAAAUGAUGAUGUUGAAGAAAUAACUGAUGCAGAUAGAACACCAGAGUCUCAUACAUCCAGUAACAGAUCUAAACUAUCAUCUAUACAGCGUAAACUAUUGUCUUGAUAAUCUGAGCUAGUAUUAAUUCAUAUGUAGUGCUUCUCUAAUUUUGGGGAUAUACACAAUUAUAUGUUUCAGAAUUGAAUUCUCACAAUCAAUUAAUCUCAGGCAACAUGACUGAAAGAAUUCUGUAACCAUUUUAUUGUAUUGGGUGUUGAAAGGUAUUAUUCGUAAAGAGAAAUAGGUUAGAAUUCAUUCCAGGCACUGUACAUGGUGUCAAUGAUAUAUAAUCUUUAAUAUAUAGCUAGUCCCUUGUUUGAGGGGGGGUUGGAUGGCUGAAUGGUUAGCGUGCGCGCACUGUAUCAUUAAGUCUGUCAUUGAGUCGACUGGCGUGGUUUCGAAUCACCGGUUGUACGUGGCAAGGAGUAGGGUCGCCUGUCCAACCUCGUGGGUUUUCUCCGGGUCCUCCGGUUUCCUCCCACUAAUAAAGACCCCUACGCGCAAGCGAAUUAUGUAAAUAAAAUCAAACCAUAUGUUAGUCCCUAAAUGACCCAGUUUGUGUCGAGUGGACGUUAAACCCCAUUUCUCUCUCUCUCUCCCUUGUUUGAAGCAUAUUUGCCCAUUUGUCAUUAUUGAUCGACUGACCUUGAAACUAAGCAGAUGGAGUUCUUGCCUGUCAGUAUAUAUGCCAUGAAAUAAGAAUUUCUUUAAAACACAAUGAAGAGUUAUGGUUUUAAUGUGUUAAAAUAUCUAAUUAUAAACUUGAUAAUGUCUUCGGGAAAUCCAUAUUGUAGAUCUGACGUCAAACAAAAUAUCUUCUUUCAUUGACAUUUAGUAAUUGAACAUAUUAACACAAGGUACAAUUUCAUGGAUACAUAAUUACUGAGUUUAAUACUAAGCCACGUUUCGACCAGUAUACUCUCGUCUUUAUCAAGCAAACUACUUUAAAAAUUGACUGUCUGAAAAGUGAAAAACUUGCUUUAUAGGAAUUUUAAUGAUUUUAUUUCAAGUACUGUAUCAAUGGUACAAUGUUUAUAGUAGUUUUAACAUGAUUUUAAUUCAAACAUCCUUCGUUUAAUAUUCUAUAUGAAAAUAACAAAACACUUUUAUUAUUUGAAACCAUUUUAAUUGGGUUUUUUUUACAAAAUGUAGUUUUUAUGAAAUAUGAGGAAUGUAGUUGAGACUUGUUAUUUGCUUUAUACUUUGAUUUAUAUAUGUACAAAAUUGUUUUAUUGUAAAAUGAAUUCUUAAUUGUUAAUAAAUAAUUCAUAUUGUUAUCAAUUUUCUCUGUGAUGGUGAGUGGGAGGGCGGUUGGGAGGAGAAUGUUGACACAAGUGUGUUGUAUCAUAACAUUUGUCAUAGAGUCAAGUGACAUGGUUUCGA